CAUACGUUCACUCACGAUGCUUUGGACCUCACUGCUCGCCUUCGCGGCGCUCGCCGAUGCUGCUCCCAGCUGGUUGUCCAAGCGCCAGGGUGGAACUACCAUGUUGAGAUUCGGAUGUGCUCAAGUGACCAUCGAUCGACUUGACCCUCUCGUCAACCCUGGCCAGAUCCCUUCGACCCAUCAACAUCAGAUUGUUGGUGGUAAUGGCUUCAACGCAUCCAUGACCACGGGAGACGUCUCAAAAACAGCAUCAUGCACAACCUGUGCCUUCUCUAAGGAUUUGUCAAACUACUGGACGGCGAAUAUGUACUUCAAAGCCAAGAACGGCACCUACAAGCGUGUGAGGCAACUAGGAGCUGCACGCCAAUUUAACGACGACUUCAGCACGAAGAUUGAUGGCGGCGUUUUAGUGUACUAUGUCUCCGCACAGCCAGGCAAGAUCACUGCCUUCAAGCCGGGGUUCCGUAUGCUCGUCGGAGAUCCACUCAACCGCAAGAAGGACACCAAGAUGAAGAUGCAGAACUGCUUCCGAUGCUACACCGGACCUAACUUUGGUGGUGACAAUGCCGCUCCCUGUGCCGACGGCAAGCUUGACACCCAGGAGCUGCCUACCGCACCAUGCAAGGGCGGAAUCCGCAGUAACAUCCUCUUCCCUACUUGCUGGGACGGCAAGAACCUCGAUUCUCCAGACCACAAGGCCCACGUCGCCUACCCAACCACCGGCCCCGCCAACUUCCUCAGCCUCGGCGGCAGCUGCCCCUCCACUCACCCGGUCCGCAUCCCUCAGCUCAUGUACGAAGUCGUCUGGGACACGACCCCCUUCAACGACAAGAGCCUCUGGCCUACCGAUGGGUCCCAGCCCUUCUACCUCAGCUACGGCGACAACACCGGCCUCGGACAGCACGGCGACUACGUUUUUGGCUGGCAAGAUGAUGAGCUCCAGAAGGGCAUGGAUGCGACAAACUGCAUGGGUGCAAAGUGCAAAGACCUCAAGAACCAGGCGAUUGAUUCUGCUAAGCAGUGCAAAGUUUCCUCGAAAGUCAAUGAGGACCAUGACGCCUGGCUCACCGAGCUCCCCGGUAUGGAGGGUAUGCCGAUGUAA